CGACCGCAGUGUACACCAUCUCCACGUUUUGGCAAAGGAGACGGCAUCGAGUGCACGAGUUAAAUCGCCGUUCGCACGACGCACGACGAACGAUCAGCUGGAUCACGCAGCGCGUCGUGCCCCCUUCUUCUCUUUCCCCUUUACUCCCUUCGCCCUGUCGUCGCUCACCCCGUUCGUCGCUCCGUAAUCCCGGACGGAUUACAAACGGAUUUUUGUCAGUGGGGAAAGGACGCGUCGUUGUCGCCGUCAUUCAGCUUUCGCGAGUUCUCCUUCCCGCGUCCGCUCGUCGCUCCGCUACGCUUCCGAAGUGACGCUGUUUCCUCUCCUUGAUGUGUACGACGACGACGACGAGGCGGAGGACGGUCGGUAGUCACGCGGUCGACGCUCUCGCCGGCGGUAUCAGCGUUUCGGAGUCGAGUAACACCUAGCACGAGGAGCGUUCACUGCGGGGACGCCGCGGGUGACGAGAUUCUCGGAACGACGAUCCUCCCCCCCGCGUAUCGAUGGUGAUGUUGCUAACGUUAUCGCUCGCGUUGGUGUCGAAACGUAACGAGUACUGAUCAGGCGCGACGUUGUUCAAUUUCGGAUUCAGAACGUGAAGCGAGAGCCAGUGUCGUUUCUUCGGGCGGUUUCUUAGGACAUCGAGGUUGCCUUUCCAUUGUAGUGUCACGCGAAUCAAUUCGACGCUUUUCGCCAGUCGGUCCAAGCGAUCCUCCGAAGUGCGACUUCAUCCGAAGACACGUGGAGUCGAAUCGGAUCGCUCUUAGCUCACGUGGUCGUCGGAUGCGUACCGGCGGCGCUCGUGGUUGCGCCACCCUCGCGCAUUUAGACUCGUCGUGGGUGAUUACGCGGCAAUAGGAGGAUUCUCCUCGCGCUCAUAAGUAGUACGCGGUAUUUAUGCUGCCCCCGGGCACGCUCGACGUAAUCCGUGCGAACGUCAACUGUACUCGGUGAGUGUUUGUUUGUGAGGACUGGCAUCGUUUGUGUCGGACGACCACGAAUUCCUGUGAAUGAGUCGUUCAUGUCGCGAAUAGAAGGUGAGGGAUGACGAAUCUCCAUCGCGACUCCGUUGAAGGGGACGACGAGGACUCGUGAAGACGACGACGAUUCGCGAGCACGAUUGUGACUACGAGACCGAGACACGGCGGCUCACUCGUGGCUUGCGAUUCUUCGUAGAACUCCAGGGAUCCGCAAGCACGCGGAAUCAAGCAGGCAGCGUGGAGCGCUCGGCGAUUGUGUGGCCGCGCGCCGCGGAUCUUUAUCUCUAUCAACCAGGCUGCGCGUUCCUCACCUACUACAGCCGUGACAGCGCAAUCAGCGCCCAGAACGCUCUGCAUGAGAAGCGGACCUUGCCAGGGGGUGUGACGGGCGACCGGCUGGCCGGGGGCGCCGCACACCUCCUCCAUCUCUUCUUCUUCUUGCCACGACCACAACACACAAUGUAACAACAACUACUACUACUACUACCACUACUACUACUACUACUACUACCACUACUAGUGUCGUCUGCGCGAACCACGUUCUCAAUGUACUCGAUGUGAUGAACCGUCCUAUUCAAGUGAAGCCAGCGGACAGUGAAAACCGCGGAGACAGAAAGCUGUUCGUUGGUAUGCUAAGCAAGCAACAAACUGAAGACGAUGUCCGACAGUUAUUCACUGCCUUCGGCACAAUAGAGGAGUGUACCAUUCUCCGUGGACCCGACGGAAGCAGCAGAGGCUGUGCAUUCGUAAAACUCUCGUCGCACCAAGAAGCACUGGCGGCGAUAAACUCUCUACACGGUAGCCAAACUAUGCCGGGUGCGUCAUCCAGCAUAGUGGUAAAAUUCGCAGACACUGAUAAAGAGAGACAACUAAGACGCAUGCAGCAAAUGGCCGGGAACAUGAGCCUCCUUAACCCCUUCGUCUUCAAUCAGUUCGGCGCUUACAGCGCUUACGCUCAGCAACAAGCGGCGCUCAUGGCAGCCGCGACCGCACAGGGAACGUACAUCAAUCCAAUGACUGCAUUGGCCGCUGGACAAUUGCCGCAUGCAUUGAAUGGCAUGCCAAACCCUGUAGUUCCGCCAACUUCUGGUUUGCUCGUAGGUACCGGCACAGGGCAACCGGUUAACGGGGCGAUACCAUCGUUACCGUCGCCGACGAUGCCCAAUUUUAACAUGGCUGCUCAAACGCCGAACGGCCAGCCAGCAGGCUCGGAUCCAGGUGUCUACACCAACGGAAUACCGCAGACUUAUGCGGGACAUGCCCUCCAUCUGUCCAUUCCAGCGCAGGGGCUGCCCAACGGGGAGGCGGCACUUCAGCAUGCCGCCGCGUAUCCUGGAAUGCAGGCUUAUGCUGGAGUGGCCGCUUACCCCGCCGUCUACGGCCAGUUUCCUCAGGCUAUUCCUCAGCCGAUGACCGCGGUGGCGCCCACGCAGAGGGAAGGAUGCUCUAUCUCAGGACCCGAGGGCUGCAACCUGUUCAUCUACCACCUGCCCCAGGAGUUCGGUGACGGCGAGCUCAUGCAGAUGUUCCUCCCGUUUGGCAACGUCAUCUCCUCCAAAGUCUUCAUCGACCGGGCGACCAACCAGAGUAAAUGCUUCGGUUUCGUGUCGUUCGAUAAUCCAGCGAGCGCGCAGACAGCAAUUCAGGCGAUGAACGGCUUCCAAAUAGGGAUGAAACGAUUAAAAGUCCAAUUAAAGAGGCCCAAGGACGCCAGCCGGCCAUACUAACCCACGUCCUAGCCUAGAAAAUCUGGACGGGUCGCGCCCUACGUUAUAACUUACAGAAUGUCGUACGAGAACGUGAACUCGAUGGAUGCUCGACGAUCAGGAGUGAUGAGUUUGAAUCACCGUUACAAAGCGCUCUCCACCGUAACAACUUAGUAUACUAGCUAGUUAAUUUAUUAGAGGGUAAAAGAUUUAGAGGUCAGUAGGACAACAACGGCUUCAACGAUGUUGAAGUUGGCGCGACGGCGGCGAAGAAGAGGCUGAAGCGAAAGCGAUGAAGGAUGUUCUGCGCUGAACCCAGUCCGAGAAAGAGAGAAAGAGAAAGGAGAAGACGAGAAGAGGAGGACGAGGCACACUGAGACAACAUUUCCCGGAUGCUCGGAUAACCGGAACGCUUCGUCGUUAGACAACAUUGGCUUUCCCGUUUCUCCCUUUCAUCAGCUCCCAUUCCAAAUCUGCAUGUUUCUUUUGGGUCCUCCGCGAGUUUAGCCUCUGUCUCCUACUGCCAGGUGAGAGAUUACGUUCGAGCUCGAGGGCGCGACUGCGAAUAAAGCGUGCAGCGGAACAUUUCGAGGAUCCGAUCAUCCUUCCAGAGAGACGUGCCGGAAACACCGGAAGUCCAGGCCGAGCUCGUCGUCCCGAUAUGGCGACGCACCGUAUUACACUUAAACGCACGACGUCGUGUAGCGACGAUCAAAAUCGACGACAUCAAAACCGACAAUAGCUAUCGCGAAAUAUCCCGUCGAAAAACGCCUGUAGGACUCUCGUCGUGUUCGUUGCCAGUUCGAUGAUAAGCGAACGUACGCGUUGUCCGCGCGCUUGCGAAAAAGGAAAAUCAGAACCGAACCAUACGCCCGGUCUGAUCGAUAUCCUCAAUAAGGAUCCGAUCGUACCGGAUCCAAUCGCGUACGUCAGCUAAAGGGAACAGCUCAGCGAUCACCAACACGAGAGCCUAACAAAUCUUUUGUACCGCACGAAGCGAACAAUGUAGUCAUCGCGAUGAAGAUCCCACGCGGCGUCAUCCCCGACGACGACGGCGGGACAGAUAAUAAUCCCCGCGUGAGACUGACGAAAGUAAAAUAAAACGCAGGCUCGUCCCGAAGGCGCGGACGAGAUCGAUAUCUCUCUCCCAAAAAGACAAAUGUCAAUCAUAUGCUAUACAGGGUGCUCGUCUGACGAUACGCGUUUGAACACUUUGAAAAAAAAGAAAAA